AUGAAAGUCUUCGACGACGAGCUGAAGCACUUCAACCCGUGCGUGCCGUACGCGAUCGAGGCGAUCGACGAGUUCAUCGGCGAGCCUCUGCCGCCGAUCGACUCCCCGGAGUACCUCGCGCGUUUAGUCCCGAUCGAGCGCACGUGCGCCGCGACCGAGACUGCCGUCGUCGGAGCGGUGAAGACGCUGCUGCCGCAACACUUCCGACGGCCGACGCAAACGCCGGCGACGUACUACGAUUCGCACAGAGAGCCGACGAAGUUUUACGUGCACUACGAGCACCACGGGAAGAGCGAGAUCGAUCGAAAGGCGCUCGUGGACGCGAUCGCGGAGUUGCUGCCGUCGCCGGAUUACGUCGUCGACGCGGAGGCGAGGCUCUUUUUUUUCGUUUGGUUUUCUUUUGGUUUUAUUUUUUGGUCUCUCGCCCGCUCGCGCGCUCCGUCGUCGUCUCAUCGACUCCCCGCCGCUCGUCGCGUCGCCGAACCCUACGCCUCGUACGCGGAACGAACGAUAUCCGUGAUCGUGUACCACGCCGUCGCGCUCGUCAGCGUCCUCCCGCGGUACAACGAGCUGAGACAGUACAACCUCCGAGAGCUCGUGGGCGCAUUUCAUCGCGCGGCGUAUGGCGGCGACGCGGCGACGGCGGCGGUGGAGACGACGAGCGGCGGCGGGUACCCGUGA